AUGAAUAAACACCUACAACGCCAACUAAAAGGGUUGCCACAACAGAUAAUCACUGACGGUUUACAUGCGUUGCAGCACAAUCCAGCCAGGUUUACUUCGUUCCAUGAUAUUCCACAACUACUAGACUAUAUCUACAAACCUAACAAACCUGCUUGGUGGAUCCGGUUUAUGAAAUGUCCCUACUACAACCUAAAAGGUAAAUGGCCCACCAUCCAUCUAAUCGAUGAGCUUGGCGUGGAUACGAGUGGGUACUACAACCACCAAAACUUAUUGUCAGGCAGCACACCCAGACCCACCCUCCCGCUUAUCAAAUCCUAUGCCAACCAAAAAGAUACCACCACAACCAUGAUCAAGGAAGUGGAAAAGUUGUACAAGUUCAUUCUCUCAAAACGAGGACUCUUUGGCGUUACCAACCACCCUAUGGAAGUCAUCUACACUCCAUCAAAGCUCGGAAAAAUACACACCCCAGCUGUACUAGACAAGGAAUUGAAAAAUAAAGUGAAAUUGAUUAAACGGGUAUUCAACGACGUCCAGCCUAUAGAAAAACCAACCCUAGACAAGCUUCAGUCCAUCGUUGUCUCACAACCCCAUGACAGCAUCCUACAACAGUACAUGGCUAGACAGUUUUACCUACAAAACGGAAAAUACAUCCUAAAUUCUAACUAUUGA